CAACAAUUUGAUAUAAAAAAACAUAAAUUCACGUGUAACAAGCUAAAUUGAAUGAAAGUACUCAGUUUUUAAAUUUGUAACAAUGACUACAGUUAUAACCAGAGCCGAAGUGAAGCAAAACAGGCACAGGAACAACCUGUGGCUGAUAAUACAUGACGAUGUGUUCGAUGUAACAAAAUUUUUAGAAGAGCACCCUGGAGGCGAGGACACCCUUCUGGACGCUGCGGGGUCAGAUGCCACUCAAGCUUUUGAAGAUGUAGGUCACAGUGAAGAUGCAAGAGAGCUGUUGCAGCAGUAUAAAAUUGGAACUUUGCCAGAUGACGAAAAAUCAAAGAAAGCUGUUCCUGUUCAACCUUGCAAUUGGAAGUGGUACGCGCUUGCAGCACUUAUAAUCGGCGCUAUAGCUGUUGGGGCCAUGGUCGUUAAGAAGAACUCAUAAACAUAUCUAUAAGCUGUAACAGACUGGCAUUACCAGACGGACUUGGUUUGGUCAGCAUCUCUCUUUCUCCCUCUUACUUGUAGCUGCUUCUUUAACAGACGUACGGCGGACCUUCCACUCGAUCGAACAGGUCUCGGACCGGACCAAGACGGUCCGGUACGCCCGUCUGUUACAGCUAUACGCUAGCACAAUUG